CACCUGUCUGAUUCUCUGUUCUCAACACGGCCCCGUCAGUAACAACAUCAGCGACACCAGCAACAACAUUGGCACGAGAUAUCUAAACGACCGUAGUGGGCAGCACGCGGUGGUGACCUGUGUCCGAGAACAAGACAUGUGGACUGUAAGGAAGGUGUAGGUGGAGUAGGUCACGUGGUCUACAAGUGUACCAGGACAGUCGGCACCGAGCACGCUCCGAAUAGACGAGGACUCCUGAUAGAAGAUUGACUCCGUUUAGACGAGGUCUCCUGAUAGACGAUUGACUCCGUGUAGGCGAGGACUCUUGAUAGAAGAUUGGCUCCGGGCAGAAAAGGACUCCGAAUAGAAUAACGCUGCUGGCUAAAGAAAAAUGAGCAAUGACGGCUCUGAUCACAACGAGGAUGAGCCCGAGGAGCAGUUGGCCCGUGUGGCCUCGGCUAAGGAAGUGGUGGAGCAGGUCAUCUCGAACGCCCAGCUCAUCGUCAAGGAGUCGGAGAACAGCGCGGACAACACGGCGGAGGAAGAUGCAAGCGUCGGAUCGGAAAAAGUGUCAUCCGUCAAGGAACUGGUGGAGAGGGUCAUAUCCAAUGCUCAGCUGAUCGUCAGUGAGGGCGAGCAAGAGCCCGAGCCUGAGCCCGACCAUGAGCCCGAUGCUACAAUAGAAGACUACCAGUCCCAACAGAGUUACCCGACGGGAGAGACCGACCAACCUGACCAGGACGAAGCUGAACGUGGCACCACCGUUGUCUCCACCAAGCCUUCAGAGAAAUCCGUGGAGCAGAUCUCUGGAGAUGUGGAGUCCACGCCCAGUGAACCACAGAAGGCACCAAGUGUCAAGGACAGUGUCAAGCUGAAGGAGAAGGAAGUCAAAAUCAAGAUCGUCCGCACACCGGAGUCCGUUAAAGCCAAGAUGAAAAAGCCCGACAACCCUAACGGUCCGUUUCAUGCUAGACCGGUGGACGAGCGCGCUAUCAUCAAGGCCAUGCAGAAAGUUCCUCCGCGACACGAAUAUGUGGGAUAUUUAUAUUCAGCUCAGUCCCAAAGGCCCCCCAACUACUACCGUCACUACCACUUGCCGAUCUACAAACAACCCCAGCCCAGACAGCAUGUAAUCAUCACAGGAGAGGUCAUCCCGCCCAUGAAGAUCUUCAAGAACAUCCGCCCCCUAAAGAACUACAUCCCACUGAGCGCAGUCAAGGUUAAAUGGAGAAGUAACAGGCUGAGUACUGUCUAUAAGCUGGAGGACAUCUACGCCUACCUCGCCUCGUUUGGCCCUAUAGACGGCGUGUACGGCAUCUCACCCAACUCGGCCAUGGUCAUCUUCACCGACGUGGAGGCGGCGCGGUCCGCCGUCAUGAGCCCGUGCCUGGGGUUCCCCUGGGACCCCCUCCUGGCCACAUGGAUGGACCUGCGCAUGUACAACCACGCCUUCUACAGCAAGUACCUCGUCAUGGAGGAGACCUCUGUCCGUGUCAGAAUAUAGAGCCGCCCCUGUACCUGGAGGAGACCUCUGUCCGUGUCAGGAUAUAGAGCCGCCCCUGUACCUCGUCAUGGAGGAGACCUGUCCGUGUCAGAAUAUAGAGCCGCCCCUGUAUCCGUGUCAGAAUAUA